GUUAUGGCUAGUGGUCUAAACUUUCUCAGGUUUGUGAAACACUGAUCAUUCCUUCAUCCCGCAGGAAUAACAGAUGGGUUGUGCUUGUACAAAAUAUGGUAUCCACCUGCACUUCAUUAGAGGGCUGCAUUUUUGUACAUGCCACACCACAAGAUCACCAUGAUGACAUAGCAGCUUCAGAGAACAGCGUGACUAGGGCUUUUUUUUUUCUCUUGUAACACAGAGGAUCUGGCAGACUUGUACCUCCUGACACCGUUUACAGCAUAUAUUGGUCGAUACAGUCCCUUAUUGCAUCUGCUCUGGGAAUUGAGGAAAGCAGCUUCAAGGAAGUAAGGUACAAGACGCAUUGCAAAGAUGGCUUUAAACUCCCUACCCAUCUUUCUGUUACUGAUUAGUGGCAUUUGUUGCCAAUAUGACUAUGGUCCUGCAGAUGAUUACGGUUAUGAUCCUUUUGGGCCAUCUGCAGCAGUCUGUGCCCCAGAAUGUAAUUGUCCACUAAGCUACCCUACUGCCAUGUAUUGUGACAACCUUAAACUGAAAACCAUUCCAAUUGUACCAAGUGGAAUAAAAUACCUUUAUCUUCGAAACAAUAUGAUUGAGGGCAUUGAGGAGAAUACAUUUGAUAACGUAACAGACCUUCAGUGGCUGAUCCUAGAUCACAACCAUUUGGAAAAUUCAAAAAUUAAGGGAAGAGUCUUCUCUAAACUAAAGAAUCUGAAAAAACUUCACAUUAACUACAACAAUUUGACUGAAGCUGUUGGACCACUCCCCAAAACUCUGGAUGACCUGCAGUUAAGUCACAACAAGAUCACAAAAGUCAAUCCUGGUGCACUUGAGGGGCUAGUGAAUCUGACUGUCAUUCACCUUCAGAACAACCAGCUGAAAGCAGAUUCUAUUUCUGGGGCUUUUAAAGGCCUGAAUUCCCUUUUGUAUCUUGACUUAAGCUUCAAUCGACUUACAAAGCUACCAACAGGACUGCCUCACUCCUUACUCAUGCUGUAUUUUGAUAAUAACCAGAUCUCAAAUGUUCCUGAUGAAUACUUCCAAGGUUUUAAAGCCCUGCAAUAUUUACGGUUAUCCCACAAUAAAUUAACAGAUUCUGGAAUACCAGGCAAUGUCUUCAACAUCACAUCACUGGUUGAGUUGGAUCUCUCCUUCAAUCAGCUGAAGAGCAUUCCAACUGUCAGUGAGAACCUCGAAAACUUCUACCUCCAAGUCAACAAAAUUAACAAGUUCCCAUUGAGCAGCUUCUGUAAGGUUGUUGGGCCAACAACCUAUUCCAGGAUCACACAUUUGCGCUUGGAUGGAAACAAUAUCACUCGGGCUGACCUGCCACAAGAGAUGUACAACUGCCUCCGGGUGGCUGCUGAGAUAUCACUGGAGCAAAUAAUGACUCUAAAAGUCUGUACAAGCCUUUUGAUCUUAUUCUUAUUCAAUUCUGCAUGGACUCGAAUUGUGAGGCAAGUUUAUGAUGAGCUGGACCCUGAGCACUGGUCUCGCUACACUUCUGAGUGUCCACGAGAGUGCUUUUGUCCUCCUAGUUUCCCCAAUGCAUUAUAUUGUGAUAACAAAGGACUUAAAGAAAUACCUGCAAUCCCAGCAAGAAUUUGGUACCUCUAUCUUCAAAACAAUCUAAUUGAAACAAUUUCAGAGAAGUCUUUUGUGAAUGCCACUUAUCUGAGAUGGAUAAAUCUGAACAAGAAUAAGAUCACCAACAGUGGAAUUGAGAGUGGUGUACUGAGCAAGCUGAAAAGGCUGCUUUACUUAUUCCUUGAAGAUAACGAAUUGGAGGAAGUGCCUGCCCCAUUACCAGUGGGCCUGGAACAGCUAAGACUGGCUAGAAACAGAAUCUCCAGAAUCCCAGAAGGAGCCUUCAGCAACUUGGAAAACCUUACUAUGUUAGAUCUGCACCAGAACAGUUUGUUGGACAGCGCUCUUCAAAGCAACACAUUCCAAGGACUCAACAAUCUCAUGCAACUCAACAUAGCAAAAAAUUCACUCAAGAAAAUGCCUUUAAGCAUCCCAGCUAACACACUGCAGUUGUUUUUGGACAACAACUCCAUUGAAGUGAUACCAGAAAACUACUUCAGUGCAAUACCCAAAGUGACUUUCCUCAGGCUGAACUACAAUAAAUUAUCUGAUGAUGGUAUUCCCCCAAAUGGGUUUAAUGUUUCAUCUAUCCUAGAUCUACAGCUGUCUCACAACCAGCUCACUAAAAUUCCACCAAUCAAUGCUCAUCUAGAGCACCUUCACCUUGACCACAACAGAAUCAAAAGUGUCAAUGGUACUCAAAUAUGCCCAGUCUCAAUUGCUAUAGCAGAAGACCAUGGUUUUUAUGGCAACAUCCCUCGCCUCCGAUACCUUCGCCUGGAUGGUAAUGAAAUUCAACCUCCAAUCCCACUGGACAUCAUGAUAUGCUUCCGACUACUUCAAGCUGUUGUCAUAUAAAGAUAUCAGUGUCACUCUUGUACUGUAAGAGUG